AUGAAGCUUCCCAGCUUGCUGAGCUUGGGCGUCGCGGCUUCAACAACGAUUGUGGCAGCGGUUCCCGAUCAAAAGCCCAUUGGCGACACUAUUGAGGAUGUGCAUCUUGGGAAGUUUCUGAUCGAGCUUGGCCCCGGUGAUACUCGCUGGGUUACUGAGGAGGAGAAAUGGGGACUGAGACGGGAUGGCCGAAGGUUUUUCGACAUCACCGCCGAGGCCGAGCAGAAUGUAUUCCCUAAAACCUUCGCCCAGACUACCGUCACUUUCCCCUCAGAGCUACAGAAUGUAGCCCACGUCAAGAAAUUAGCCUCCAGCCUAUCCAAGAAUAGAUUGCAAACAUUUCUAACUAAAUUCACCUCCUUCCAUACGAGAUACUAUAAAUCCGAGAGUGGCCGGCAGUCUGCAAUCUGGUUGUUCGAGCAGAUUGAGAAGAUCAUCCAGGAAUCUUCGGCAACGGGGGCGAGGGUUGAGAAAUUCGAGCAUCCCUGGGGCCAGUUCAGUAUCAUCGCAACUAUCCCUGGCCAAACCAACAAGACCGUUGUAGUCGGUGCACAUCAGGACAGCAUCAAUUUGUUAAUGCCAUCGAUUCUACCUGCUCCUGGUGCAGAUGAUGACGGCAGUGGGACAGCCACUAUUCUUGAGGCACUGCGCAUCCUGCUCAAGUCAGAAGCCGUUGCACAGGGUAAAGCGCCAAACACGGUUGAAUUCCAUUGGUACUCUGCAGAGGAAGCCGGUUUGUUGGGAUCUCAAGCUGUAUUCGCCCAGUACAAACAGGAUAAUAGGGAUGUCAAGUCGAUGCUUCAGCAGGAUAUGACCGGUUAUUCAAAGGGGACUAUGAAUGCCGGACAUGUGGAUUCCGUUGGCAUCAUCACAGACUUUGUUGAUGAAGGGCUGACUAAUUUUAUUACGAAGGUGGUCACUGGGUACUGCGGAAUAUCCUACGUCCUCACAAAGUGUGGGUACGCCUGUUCCGACCACGCCUCCGCCAGCCGAUACGGCUACCCCUCUGCCUUCGUCAUCGAGUCUAAAUUCGAAUACUCCAGUAAACUCAUUCACACGACACGAGACGAGGUCAGCUCCCUCGACUUCGACCACAUGCUCCAACAUGCGAAGAUGACGCUUGGAUUAGUUUAUGAGCUUGCAUUUGCAGAUCUAUAA